AUGACUACUCAAAAUCUUACUGCUGUCUGUCCAUCUUCUCUAGAAUUUGAUAUGGCUAGCUUAAGGCCUUUACUACCAUUGAAUCAAACAGCCUAUGGAAGGAUUCCAUCUGACGAUAAGUACCAACCGUCUGACCUCUUGGGUGCUGGAGCAUAUGGUCGUGUGUUCAAGGGGACUUCACCUGAUGGUCAGGUUGUAGCUCUCAAGGAAAUAUUAAUUCCCGCAGACGACCAAGGCAUACCUCUAAGCACACUCCGAGAAUUGGCUGUCCUUAAAAAGGUGCAAGCAGCCAAAUCGCCUUAUCUUGUACAGAUGUUGGACAUAUCGUUACGCCGGAGUGGACCUGAUUUGUCCGUGUACAUCGUUUUCGAGUUCAUCGAUUUUGAUCUGGCUCAGUUCCUCUCUAACGUCCCACAAGAGACAGGUCUUCCGAUCACCACCAUUAGAGAAAUGUCUGCUCAAUUACUUAAGGGUAUUGACUUCUUGCACUCACAUCGAAUAAUCCACCGAGAUAUAAAGCCAGCUAAUAUCCUUAUUGAUAAGGAUGGGAAGCAUUUGAAAAUUACGGACUUUGGCUUGUCCCGAGUGCUUGGAUGGGAAUCACCUUUGACACCUGUUGUCGUGACUCUGUGGUAUCGAUCGCCUGAGAUCCUUCUUCUUUCGGAAUACCUUUCACCUUGUGACGUUUGGGCUGCCGGUUGUAUAAUUGUCGAACUAUUCAAUUUGGCGCCCAUAUUCAGUGGAAAAACGGAUACCGUGGUUCUGCAAAAAAUUUUCAAUACUUUGGGAUUUCCUCCAGAAUCUGAGUGGCCUAAAAAUUCAUUUUUAAAGUGGAUUAAUUUCAAGAAAGUAGGCGAGCAUAGUAUUUUGCGGUCCAAGGUUAAAACGAAUGACUCUGCUGCCCUUGAGCUAAUUGAGAAGCUGCUGACAUUCAAUUCAAAUAAGAGGAUUACAGCCUGUGGAGCACUGAAACUGCCAUUCUUUACAAUCGGUUCAAAUACGGCAUUAGCGGACUUUCGAACUUCAACCUCUGCAGAGACGCAAAGCUCAUCAAGCUCUGUUACAGCUGCUGUUAUAACACAUUCUGCUCAGAGUCGAAGCAGUCUGCGAAUAGCCAGUAAAAACGCGAUGGCUCGCCCCUUUAUACCCAGUCGGCAUUCUCUCAUGCCUGCUCUUUGUCGACCCUCCUCUGGCCCGAGAGGUGGAAGAAGCCAAAACGGUGUAAGCCCCGUCGGACCUAUGACACGACAACGCGCCGCUGCUUUGGUAGGUGAUGCAUCUCCGAUACCCUCUGCUUCGACGCGAAACGGUGGACGCCGGCAUACGCAACCCACGCGAUCUCGCACUUCGCUUGUCCCUGCUCCGACAGUUUCAAAAUUGUCUAAUGAGUCUACUAUCUCCGCUACAAACACUGCUGUUUUGACGACAGGGACUCCGGCGAACGCCUCAAAUCCCACUUUUCGUGGAAGACAGAAAAGAACCGCGAGAAGGCGCACAGCGAAACUUAAAACAGUGUGUGAGAUGUUGGUAACUGCAGGUGAUGAAUCAACCAAGGUCGUAGCCCAGUCGCUCACCACGAUAGUCAAUAUGUCUGACGGUGAAAAAGUGAAGGCGUCUGACUUGAGAAAUCUUCCUUCAUUAGACGAUUCUCAGCCUUGCUUAACGGCUACAGAAUCAGUGCCAGUGGCAGUGGAGGCGCCCUCGGAGCCAUCAACAUCUCUUCAGUUGGAGGCGAGCGUCGUCAGUGAUGAUGGUGAGAGUCAGGUCGGCAGUCAACCAUUAAGUGGUCGCUGGUCUUGCUGGCGCGAAACAGCUCGCAGCAUUCCCGACUCUGCAGAUCCACAGGAGGAUACAACCUUGGAUGAGGUCGAUUUGGAUGAUGAAGGAGAAUCGGGUCGCACGGUAAAGGUUCUCGAAGAAACCACCCAGUGUAACGAAGGCGUCUCACAAGAACUGCUGAGCAGUAUCAAUUCCUUAUCCUCCCUUAGCGAGGUAGAUUCAGGCGUGGCUCAAUUAGAGGACACUAAAGUUAUCAACCGGACGUCAACAAGUGAUAACUAA